UAUUAUAGUUCUCGUUGUUGAUUUUCUUCGCAUUCUUGGUUGAAUAUUCCCUCCCCUUCAGUCAUGGCCAUCUCUUCUUCUUGUUUCUGUCACCUUUUCAUUUCACCAAAGUUGCAGACGAACUGUAGGGUUUCUGCUUUGGCAUCAAACAUCUAUACAAAGAGGAACAAUGCUGCAUCUUUUGCUCUUGGACCAGUGAAAUCUGAUGUUUCACGUCAAAAAGUUGAGGAAUUAAGAAGCAAGUUAAGCACUGGUUGGAGUUUUCUGGGAGGAUCAAGAAUCGUUAUUCGUCCAAAUGUUACAAGAAAUCUUCUGCAAAGAAAGAGCUCAAGAGUGUCUGCUUCAUGGUUUUCAACUUCUGAAAUAGCUGCUACUGCAUUCCCUUUGGGAUCACUAUCAGUUCUUCCCUUUUAUGUCUUCAUGGUUGUGGCACCUAAAGCUGAAUUUACUCACAAAGUGAUGGAAAGCAAAUUACCUUAUAUUGUGCUUGGACGUCUGUACGCAUAUAUCUUGGUCCUUUCCUGGAGACCAGAUACGCUUCAGCUAUUAUUUCAUUAUCAAGAUCUGAUCCCUGAUCAAGCUGGUAUAACUCAGUUGUUCUCUAGGGAGAUGUCAUUAGCUUCUGCUUGGAUUCACAUCUUGGUUAUGGAUCUUUUUGCUGCAAGGCUGGUUUAUCUUGAUGGAUUGCAGAAUUGUGUCGAGACCCGCCAUUCUGUGUCAUUGUGCUUGAUGUCUUGCCCCAUUGGAGUUAUUAGUCAUUUUAUAACCAAAGCUCUAUCCAAUAAAAGCAACAAAGAGAAUUUACGAGUUUAAGUUGUAUGUAUGGAUCUUAUAAAGGAUGUUUAACAAUCAUUUCUUUUAUUAUGAGAUAUAAUUACUAGUAAAUCUAUUUAAUAUUGCUCACUA